GCCUGGUGCUGCUCCGCCCCCAUUUUGUCGCUCUCAACCGCCUUUUCUUCCAGCCUGGUAAGACCUCCUGGUUCUCCUGCAUCUUCCUCUGUCACUUCUUCACUAGGUUCUGCAGACUCCACAGAUACUUCCACACCGUCCUCACCAUCCUCCUGGAGGACCACGGCCUCAUCACAGCGCUCCCGGUUCUGGUCAACGACCUGGGACACACUCAAGACUUUCAGACAGGCCUCGAGGGCCUCUUUUUCCUUCAGCAGGCUCUUGUAAGCACAGACAACAUCCUUGAAGCGAGUUUGGUACUGAACCAGCUGCUUCUUCUGGCACUCGACAGCUUCCAGAAGCUCUUUCCUGCUGGGACCGCCCCCGAAACUCAUCCCAAACUUCUCCAUCACUCCAAUCAGACUGGCGCCAGCAUGUCACGUGAGAGGCGCCAUGAACAAGAAGCCAUCGAACUACUAGGAGACAGAUAUAGAUGAUUUAGAGAUAUACAGGUCGUUCUUUUCUCAGACGUAACAAGAAGAAAGACGGGUGGCCUUGAGCAAAGCCCCAACCCACCAACGAGCACCCACGGCUCCACCACAACGUCACCACAACAUUAAAUUCUAUUAAAUAUACACGCAAACUGCGUUUACGUUAAAUGAGUAGAGUUGAACCAUUUAAUCCGUUUCUUACCCGCACAUCGUCUAUUCCAUGCAAAUGUCCAGCCAACGUGUCUGAAAGUAAUUUCACCGUACAAACAAACUAAAACGGAGCCGUCGCUUAACCAGCCGCCGCCAUGCUGCCUUAAACCGGAAGUGACGUUGGUGGUGUUCAUGGUGCGUUCAUAUUUGCAGGACGUUACACUAUCAAAAGAAGUUGACUUGCGAAGUGACACUAUAACAAUAAUAACAUAUUAAUGUUAGAGUCAAUUGUAUCAUGUGUAACGUAACCCAAAAUGACACGACUGACAUCCGAAAUGUAUUUCCUUUUGUUGAAUGUUGCACGGCGAUAUUUUCGAGGGGUAUUGAACGUGCAGGUUGUUCCAAAGCUCCGUGACGUAAUUUAUUCCGCGUUGGCCUGGACGUGGCACCGAGCGAGCUGCGCCCAUUCCGCUGCCGAUCUCAGCUCAUCUCCGGGACUCACGGCUUCUUCUUAUCCUCCUCUCGCGGUGCUCAUCCGGGACACUUUAUUCAAAAUGGGUCUGACGAUGUCGGCGUUGUUUGCUAAGCUUUUCGGCAAAAAGCAGAUGCGGAUACUGAUGGUGGGUCUGGACGCAGCUGGAAAAACUACAAUUUUGUACAAACUGAAGCUGGGGGAGAUAGUCACCACCAUCCCAACCAUCGGUUUCAACGUGGAGACGGUGGAGUACAAGAACAUCUGCUUCACCGUCUGGGACGUGGGCGGUCAGGACAAGAUCCGACCUCUGUGGAGACACUACUUCCAGAACACACAGGGUCUGAUCUUUGUGGUGGACAGCAACGACAGAGAGCGAGUCACCGAGUCAGCGGAUGAGCUUUCCAAGAUGAUACAGGAGGACGAGCUGAAGGACGCUGUGCUUCUGGUGUUUGCCAACAAGCAGGAUCUUCCCAACGCCCUGGCCGUCAGUGAACUCACAGAAAAACUGGGCCUGAACAGCCUGCGCAGCCGGACCUGGCACAUGCAGCCCACCUGCGCCACACAGGGUACGGGUCUGUACGAGGGCUUGGACUGGUUGUCCAACGAGCUGGCCAAGCACUAAACCCGCCAGACACGGAACCCGAAAGCAGCAGGACAGAUGUCGUCGUGAUGUCACCACGUACGGAUGACUGACGAGGAGGAACAGCCUUUCACAGGACUUUUUUUGUUUGUUUUUCCCCUUUUAAAUUAUAAGUGUCAGUUGGAGGCGAUGUCACGGACUCCCAUUAUCCUCUUGUUCAGUUUUUCUUGUAUUAUUAUUACGCAUGUUUUUAGUCUCAACCAUAUGACUGAUGUUCGGGGGGUGGGGCUUGAAGCCUGUCGUUGAUUAAUGUGAAAACGCAGCAAGUGAUGCAAUAAAAGUGUUUUUCUUCAGUAAAGCUUGUGUC